AUGGCUAUCACUGUUGUCAAUCCUAACGGUCAUCGCUCUCUUUAACCUUUUUAUAAGGGAGAAGAAAUGAUUUUGUUUAGUUCUAUACAAUACUAUUUAGUUCCUUUUAUUUACUGUUUAGGUUAUCUAGGAGUUAUGUACUUACACAAUCCUUACCUAUUGAUUUUUAUUGCUUAUUCUCUAAUCCCUUUUUUGGACUCAUUUUUUAACUUUGAUCUUAGAAAUCCUACAAAAGAAGAGUAGAAGUAACUUGAAGGUAAGCUUCGCUUUAAAAUCCCACUCUAUUUUGCUGUACUUACUGAGUGGAUUUUCUCAACUUGGAUCAUUUACUAUGUCACAUAAAAUAGCUAAAAUAUCAGCUUAUUUAACUUAAUUGGUAUUAUAUUUCUUACAGGUAAUGGCUCUGCUUCAAAUAUCAAUGUAGCUCAUGAGCUCUUCCAUAAAACAGGUUUGCUAGACAAAUUCUUUGGUACAUUCACACUUGCAAAGAAUCUAUACAUGCAUUUCACAAUAGAACACUAAUAUGGUCAUCAUAGAAACGUUUCUACCCCCAAUGACCCUGCUACUUCAAGAUAUGGGUAGACAUUAUAUGAAUACCUCCCUUAAACCAUCAUUGGUUCUUAUUUUAGUGCUUGGAGAAUAGAAAAUAAAUUCUAACGUUUAUAAGGAAGACACCCUUUUAAUCCAUUCAAUAAAAUGAUUAUUUAUACCAUUCUCUACUUCAUUAUUCCAUACAUUCAUUAUCUAGUAUUUGGUUUAUAUGGAAUGUUCUUUUUCUUGUGCACAGCUUUUAUUUCAGUAAUUUAUUUAGAGGCUAUUAACUACAUUGAGCACUAUGGUUUAAUGAGAGAAAAAACUGAAGAUGGACAUUACGAAAAAGUUGAUAUUAGACAUUCAUGGAACGCACCUCAUAGAUUUUCUAACUAUCUCUUAUUUAAGCUCUAAAGACACUCAGAUCACCAUGAAAACGGAUAUAAGGAAUACUAAACUCUCUGUAGUUAUACUGAUAGUCCGACCCUUCCUCAUGGAUAUCCAGUUUGCAUUUUAAUUAGUUUCUAUCCUCCACUAUGGUUCGAAAUAAUGCACGAAGUACUCGAAUCUUAUAAAAAAGAAAAGAAAUCAAUACCAUUACCCAACAUAGAAAAAAAGAUAGAUAAUUACACUUAAAAAGUGUCUUUAAUUACAAUGACCCUUUCAGUUUUAUCAUUUUUUAUUUGA